AUGGAUAUCAAAAGAACCAGCACGUUGUCCUCUACCACCCUCACAUCUCAGCCGCUGCCAACCGUCGUCUGUAUCACCGAAAAAAGCAAGAAAUUGGCCGGUUUUUACCCAAAAUCUCCAUUGCUCGUUCGGGCAAUUCCGAGCACCAUUUUCUUCGAUCCAGGGUGGGUUGCGAUGGGGAAAAUGGCUAGAGGGGCAUGGGUCGGGGAGAAGGGGGUAUGGGGGCUGGGGUUCUGUGCGAGGGGUAGAAAAAACCAGAGGGAGGGGGCGAUGGGUCUCGAUGGGGAAGGGAAGCAGAGAAGAAAUUGGGGUGGGUUCUGUGCAGGGAAGGGUGGGUUGCGGGGAGAGGGGUGGGUUGUGGAUUGCGGGUUGGGGGGUGAAGCGAUGGGUUUCUGGUGGGGAAGAAGGGAUGGGUAG